UUUUAUCACUAGGCAUAUGUUUUUCACUGAGAAAAAAGGCGGGAAUAAUACUCAACCAAUUAUUGCUGUCAAGUAACGUGAAGUGUUAACUUUUCAAGGAGAGAAACUUCCUUUCCUGACAGAUUUAUAUUUACGAUUAUUAAAAAUAACUACAUAAACUUUUAGAAUGUCUGGUACAGAACAAUUGGAAGAUCUGCUACCAAUUUAUUAUACACGGUUAUUUCCAUUCCAUGAUUACUAUCGGUGGUUGAGUUAUGGAAACAGUGAUUUAUUCGAACGGAGAGAAUUUUCAUUUACAAUUGCGGAUGAUAUUUAUAUACGUUACAAAAGCUUUGCAAAUUCAAAGCAUUUGGAGAUUGAAAUCAAGAGACUUAUGCCACAUAAAAUAGAUAUUGGUGCCAUAUAUAAUACGGCUCCCAAGAAUGAAAUAAAAGGAAAUAUGUUGAUCCCUGAACAAAGGGAGCUUGUAUUUGACAUUGAUAUGACUGAUUAUGAUGAAGUUAGAACAUGCUGCUCUGGUGCAGACAUUUGUCCUAAAUGCUGGAAAUAUAUGGCAGUUGCCUGUAAAAUAUUAGAUGUGGCUCUCAGAGAGGAUUUUGGUUUCAAGCAUCUUCUCUGGGUAUUUUCUGGACGGCGUGGAAUACAUUGUUGGGUAUGCGAUGAGGAUGCAAGAACCUUAGAUUCAGCAUCACGUACUGCUGUUGCAGAAUACCUCGAACUAGUAACAGGAGGUGAAUAUAUGUACAAAAAAGUUAAUAUACGUGGAGAAAAUAUGCAUCAUUCUAUCAGACGAGCUGUUGAUAUAAUAGAACCGUUAUUCGUUCCAAUGUGCGUUAUAGAACAAAACAUGUUAGGUACAGAGCAAGGAAUGAACAAAUUCUUGCUGAUACUUCCAGAUGAAACUACACGAACGGAAGUAAGGGAAUUAUUUUCAAAAUUAGAAAAUAGUUCUGACAGAUGGGAAGCAUUUUUGAAGCACUAUAGAAGCGAAAUAAACUCGGGAUCCAAAAAAUGGAAACGGUUCUUAGUCGAGGAGAUAAUGAUUCAAUAUUCCUAUCCCAGAUUGGACCUUAACGUAACCAAGGGAUUGAAUCAUUUAUUGAAAUCACCAUUUUGCAUCCAUCCGAAAACCGGUAAAGUUUGUGUACCGUUCAAUCCGAAAUCAGUGGACAAAUUUGAUCCAUCCACUGUACCACGGAUACAUGAACUGAUCGAGGAGAUCAAUACUUUUGAUGCUAAAGAAAAGGCCGUACAAGAAGAUUCUAAUACUAAAAAAAUAAAAGAUUAUAAGAAAACAAGCCUAAAUAAAACACUGCACAUUUUCCAAGAAUUUUUGAGAGGACUAGAAGAUUCGCGGAAAGGACAAAAGAUUUUACAGAGUGAUAAGAAGAUGGAGUUUUAAUCGCCGUUCAUUCAAGUUGUUUCCAGCAUACAACACAUUGUCCACUAUUGUAUCCCUUUUUUUAAAUAUAAAUAAAAUGUAUAUAAAACACGA